AUGAAUAAUGGUAAUGCAUGGGACAAAUUAUUGUCUCAGAAUGGAUCCGCAAUCAAUAGCACAGAGACUGCUGCGACAACAGCAAUUAUAUAUUCCCCAUCAAGUAAAACAUUACAUCAAUUUAUAAACAUCUGCUUUCCAGAGGGAAGCGAUUCGAAACUGGAUACCAAUUUAAUUAAUUAUGGCACAAUAGCAUGGACCAACGAUUUAGAGCAGCAUUAUUGUCUAGGUGUUUACACUCUAAUUAAAAACACUCACAAUGCAUUAGAUCUUCUAAAGCCCUUUCUGCAAGAACAUACUUCGAAGAUUCACUGGCUCAUAUUAUUAGAUUGGUCAUUAAACGAUCAAAAACUGUGGCUGAAUGAACUAUCCAACACAUUCAGUAAAAUUAAGCAGCUGAAUGAUGAUAAUGAAUUUUCUAUAUGGUGUUUAAACAGUAGCGAAAUUUUAAACUUACAAAGAAACACUACUGCAUGGCAGUCAGUACAUAUCGACUUCAUUUUGCAAACGCUAAGGUCGUUUUGUUAUUUUAAUGAUAGUUCAUUAUUCUAUAUAUGCGAAGAUCGUGCCGAAGGGGAGGAAGAAGAAGCACAGAGGCUCAGGCAUCAAGAGGUUCUGAAACAUUUUGUUGAAGAUAGGGAUAUGAAGGAUUAUAUUGAAAUGACCAAGCGUAGCAGGAUAUCAAUACCGAAGGGGUGCGAUUCUAUCGGAUUGAUAAAAACAAUAGACGAAAGAUUCGAGCCUACUGAAGUGGAAGAGGAGCACUUUUUAGCCCGAUACAUGGACUUUAUACCAGCAAUGGAUGAAAUAAUGGAAAAUAGGAAAACAUGCAUUGGUAUUGGCCUUGAUGAACUCUCUCCUUUAGAGACUUUCAAAGUUAACAUUCAAGAGGAAUUAGGCAAAAUGUUUACAAAAUAUAGGGAAGAUUCGAAGAUCUAG